GUCUACCCUCUGAGAGGCAGGCAGACCUGAGAGAGAGGACCAACAAGAAAGGGAUACAAGAACACACCAUAGACAAAGAAACAAGAUUUGCAAACAGGACUCAUAACUGGACAUCCAACAAAGAGAUUUUAAGAAAACAGUGGCCAGGAUCCAAGUACAUCCAGAAAGACAUCUGCAGAACUCCAGAUAUGAACAUUUACAGAGGCCAUUGCUAAUAUUCAGCUAACAUCAACAUCAAGCUAAAGGGAUUUAACAAAUAUUUCAAAAGAAGGAUCUGCUGCACAAAAAAACAACACACAUCAAGAACUGGAAGAGGACUACCAGGCUCCACGCCACACGGUCACCAUGAGUCUGAACGGCACUCUGGAGAAGGGAGCUCAUCAUCAAGUUUUGGACUUGUCUGAGGAGCUCCCAUCCCACAACCACCUUCAUCACCAUCAGCAGGCCCAUCUCCAGCACAGCAACUCUCUGGCCUCUACAGUUCCUGCUGGAACUCCCAUCAGCGAGUCAGGGGUGGUGGUGCCUCCUCCAUACUCCACUGCAGACACUGGAGGUGGUGAUGCUCCCUUAGAGCUGAGGGGGUCUCUAGACUGCUGGGCAUGUUCAGUACUGGUGACAGCACAGAAUCUGGUGAUAGCCACCAUUAACGCAUGCCUGGCUGGCAUGGUGUUCGGCCUGAUCCUAACACCUGCCACAGUCAUGGUGGUGUUUGGAUUUCUCUGCCACUCCACUGUGCGUCCACAUGGUGCGUCUGCCUACUGCUCGGACCUGCUGAGUGAUGGAGGCUGUGUGGCACUCUUAGUGGUGGGCUUCCUGCUUGUCACUCCACUACUGGUCCUGGCCCUGGCAGCAUACUGCAGACUGGCUCGUCACCUCCAGCUCGGCCUCUGCUUCAUCCCCUACAGCCGCGCAGUCUACAAGAACCUGCCUGCCACGCAGCACCAUGGCCUGGGAGGGGGCUGCUGUGGUCAGCAGGCAGGGAAUGAAGGAGGGAAAGGAAAGGUGUGGGUAUGAGGGGGGCUUGAUGGUGGGUCUCAGCAAGGCAGUGUUUUUGCUCUUAUUCUUUUAAUGGAACCUUCUUUUAAAUCCCCUAUACCAACGUAGGGUGCCUUAAAAUAAGUAAAAAUGACACCAAAUAAUGCCAUUUGCCAGUAAAUAAAUGCACCAAAUUCAUGCAAAUAUUCAUUUCUUUCUUCAAGGUUCCAUAAUAGUUUGUGUUGCUCCAAGCUGAAACACUUUUUUCCUCAUCAAAAUUAAAGAUGUACUCUAGUGCUGAGAAAUCAGAAAUCAUCUUUAAAAUGCAGGAGUCAGUUUUUAAAGGUCAACAAGAUUACUUUCUUUAACUUAGUACUUUCACUUAAAAAGAACACUGGAUUAUUUUAUGAGACCAAAGCUGGACUAGUUACACUGUAUCUUGUAUGCAUUUCUAACCUCAGAAAGGUAUAACCUACAAAAUGAUGAAACUUUUUUAAUAAAGAUGUGUCGAUAUAAAUGUAAAUUCUUUCCUCGUUUAAACUGUCUUGUACUGUGGUUAUUAUUUUAUACUCAAAUAAAAGAAAAAAAACUUUCAUACAUA